AUGCGCUGCCGCCACUUCCUAACCCCCCUCCUCUCCCCCCUCUCCUUCGCAAAACCCCCUUCCCGCCCCCUCGCCAGCCGCGCCCGCGCCGUGGCCCAGCCGCCCUCCCAGCGCCGCGCCGCCCUCGCCGAGCCCGACGUCGGCAUCUCCCAGUUCGCCUCCUCACUCCCCGGCUUCCGCGGCGCCCUCAAGCAGCGCUACUCCGACUUCAUCGUCCACGAGGUCGCCCGCGACGGCACCCUCGUCCGUCUCACCUCCUUCGACCUCCCCGACGAGCGUGCAGAUACGGAUGACGAGGCCGAAGCGGACCUCCCGCGCGCACUGGAAUCGUUUCGGCUGCUCUGCGGUGACGCCGACUGUGAGGCGUUGAGGGGAUUUCUGUCGAGGGUUUCAGAGGGUGAUAGUGAUGUCUCACCGAUCAUUCUCUCCCCUGACGCCGAUAAGGCUCAUCGCUUGGAGGUUCAUGACUUCUUCAAGAGGAACUUCAUCUUCUUGGUGACGGACACCGUUGAGCACAGCGAUGGGGUCCAGAGGUGUAUUAGGGUGCGGUUGAGGUCAGGGCCACGUGGCCGGAGGAAUGUUGGUGAGAAAGCGAGCAAUAGGACGGGCAUAGGCAGUUCUGAACCUUCAGGCUGGAGAGAUGACAGGCCAUUUGAUAGUAGAGGAUCUAUAACCUGGCCUUAUCAUCUUGGGAAGUUUCUCAGGUUUCAUCUCUACAAAGAAAACAAGGACACCCAGGAGGCACUAAGAGUUAUAGGAAAAUUGUUAGGGCUUCGGCCACGAUCUUUUAGGAUUGCAGGGACAAAGGAUAAACGUGCUAUUACAACCCAGCAGGAGGGCCUUGUUCUUGGUCAACUCAUGGGAAACCGAUUUACAAUUACCUUAAGGAGUGUUAUCGCAGAAUCAGAAGACAUGAUUAAGGUAGCUGUUGAUGGAUUGAUAAAAAGUGGGUUUAUCAAUUACUACGGUCUGCAGGGUGAUGACAUGAAUGGGGUGAGGGAACAUUACAAGGAACAUGGUGAUAUUGAUGUGGCAAUUAGGAAUUUUCCUCGGCGUCUCAUAGCAGAGAGGGCUAUCCUUCAGCGUUUGAAGAAGUACCCUGGCAACUAUCUACAAGCACUAAUGGCUAUACCUAGAGCACUGAGACUGAUGUAUGUACAUAGUUACCAGAGUUAUCUAUGGAACCAUGCUGCGAGUAUGAGAGCUGGAAUGUAUGGUUUAUCAGGGGUCAUAGAAGGUGACUUGGUUUACAAAAAAGAAUGUCUUGGAGAAGGAACUGUAACACAUGCUUCAAAAAAUAAUGAUGACCACACCAACGCAUCUGAAAUGGACAUAUUUGCUGAAACACUUCCGGAAGAAACGAUCCAGUCUGUCAAGAUAGCUGAUUCUGAAGAUUUAUUGAAGGCAGUGUACACACUCGAGGAUGUUGUCCUUCCUUUGCCUGGCUCAGAAACAUUGUUUCCUGGAAAUGAAGUUGCUGGCAUUUACCAUGAAAUAGCUAACAAGGAUGGUAUUAGCCUGACAGAGAGCAUCCAUGGAGUCAAGGAAUUCUCGAUUACAAGCAUGAAAGGAGGUUACCGUCGUGCAUUACAACGACCUAUUGACUGUGAAUGGGACCUCAUGACUUACACAGAUGACAAAAUACCCUUAGUGGAGACUGACUUAGAUGUUCUAUCCAAAGCCAAGCCAUCUGAAGUAAAUGAGCUAUUAUCUACAGGGGCGUCACAUGAUGAUUCAUUGGACACUUUUGGAGCAACCAUCCUAGCAGAGACCGAAACUAUUGGCAGCUCAGAUCUGUUACCAGAGCUUGCCGUAAAAUUAAGUUUUACUCUACCGACAUCAUCUUAUGCUACAAUGGCUAUCAGGGAGCUGACGAAGACUUCAACUUCGGUUGAUUGUCAGAAAGCAUUAAACUCCUGAACCUGCAGCAACAUGCAUCAUUUGCGAAAACUGAUCUAAUGUUGAACGCGUGGAAGUUACGUGGGUAUGUUCCAUCAGCAAACUUUGUCCAAUGACUGAUACUUUCAGCAUUUCUGUAAUUCAGGGGAGGAUGCGGUCAGCUAGCGAGAAAAGAACGACCACUAUAUCGGAUGUCCCACUGAGCAGAGUAGGCAGUUUACCUGAAAAAGGAAAAUCAAAAGGAAAACGAGCAACUGUAGGCAGUUUUGUUUUGUAUGAACUAUGAGGGAUGUUGCUUGGAUCAGUAUUGCAUUGUACACGGAGCAGGUCUAAUACCCUGUACAGCUAUUAGUAAGUAAAACUUCAGGUAUCGUCGAAGAUUGCUAGGUAUGCUUCUUUCAGUUCAUAGAGGUUUUUGCCACAGAAAAAAAGAGGGCUCGUAGUUCCAACUUUUGCAAAAACAGGCCAAUCUCCACUCUGAUCUUGCAAGGCCAGCACUUUUUUUCAGACCGACCGGAGCUGUUCAUCACAAGUGACU